UCCCAAUUUUAAGCUUCGAACAUUUUACGUAAUAAUUCUUAAAAACAAAGAUAUGAUGAAAUAAAAGGAAAUAAAAUGAAUUUGAACAAAACAUUAUCUCAGAAAUUGUUUGGAUUGUAAUCAGAUUCCGCUUGUGUGAAGCCAUAAUUUUUAAUUAAGACAAAUACCAUGCUAUACUGUCCAAAAAACCAAUGCACACAAUUCACAUAAACUUUAAUUGUAUAACAAAGUGAGUGGGGUCAUCUGUGGCCAAGAAAAAAUGUGUCAGGUUUCCAGGACUGGACAAGGAAAAGCCUGGAUAAUAAGAAACCUGGCAAAGAAAUUUCGUGUUUCAAUUGUGAAAUACUGUACCCAGCGGAGACCAUUACGCAGGUGAGUUAAUCAACUUGAAACCGGUUGGCUUUGGCUGACAGGGUAUGCAGAAAUACUACACCAGACGCAAUGAUUGAGGACAAUCAAUCACUUAAACUCAACGGUUUCGUCUACACCUGGCCCCGUUGAAGUGGACGCUAAUUUAUGCGAAAGCCCAUAUCCUGUGGCGAUACGUCUGUCUGCUUGUCAGUAAGUCGGCUGUCUUUGUAUUGUAAACAAAGGACGAAGCACGUGCUGGAAUGGAAAAGGCGCAUGCGCCACAGUUAACAUAGAGUUCACAGUGGCUUUGCAGAGGUCCUGAUUCAAAAUUCCCUUUUAAACAAGAUGCCUGCGGUUGCUGCAUUCAGUGCGGUGUUAGCGUUCGUGCGGUUGGUUUAACCAGUAAACCCAAGAAACUGGUCAAUUACUAUCCAUUUGUCGAGUUGUGGCAACAAGUGUCCUCCGAGGAUGUGCGAGAGAAACUCACUGUGUAGUGUGUUUUUAAUUUAUUGUGUCGUUUUGCUCGCUGGUGCGGUUGUGGCUCUGGCCCAGAACGCCGCCAAUAUAUCGCAAGAGGCAGUGGCGGUCGAGGAGUGCGGCAGCACGCAGAAAAUGGUGGACGAGUGCUUCAAGGAUCUGCCGCCGCAUCUAAUGGAAUUCCUACAGAACACAAAAAUCGUCAUCAGCCAGAAGGAGAUCGCCGCCAAGUGCAGCAUAUUCAACCGCGGUAUGAGGUGCUUCGAUUCAUAUUCAAAGCGUUGCCUGGACGAUCGCAAACUAGGCACCUUUAAGAACAAUGUGGAGGGAGCUCGGCGAUUUUUCUACAAAUUCUGCGGUGACUCCGACUUCCAGCGGGACUACCUGCGGCACAAGGACUGCUUUGCGUACAUCCAGCUGGAUUGGGUCUCCUGCACGGCCGACUUCGAGGGCAUUCUCAUGGAGGAGGUGCACGACGAGAGCCGUAACGCCACCGAAAAGUUUCUUGAAUUUUGCUGUGCCCGCUACGCUUACGAGAACUGCAUCUACAACAGUGCCCGCUACAAGUGCUACAAGAACUCGGCGGAGUUUGCCCGCGAAACGGCCAAAAUGUUGUCGGACGAGAAGCAUUUUAGGAAUUGUGCCGUGCUGCAGAACAUCUGCGCCCACGACUUCGGCGGACUGGGAUUGGCCAAACUGCACUGGAAGGGGUUCCGGCUGACGAUGACGCUGCUCCUGAUGCUGCUGGUGGUGAUGCGGAUCUGGCCGUAAAUCGAAAUUCGGCCAAUACACAAUCUAGUGGUAGGAGCGAUGUGAUGUGGGGCUGCGGUUGUGGCUGCUGGUCAGAGCUUGAGCUUGAGUUUCGGUUUAUACGUUUUUCGGUUGUAGUUGUCCCAUCGAGAAUGCCAAGCAUUCCAGUUCCCCUUAGCCACCCAUCGAAACAAAAGAAUACAAACAAAAAAAAAAAAAAAAAAAAAACUCCUUCUCUACGUGUCUGUGAAUUUUCCGGUGUCGUUUGGGGCGAGAUUGCUGGUCUGGGCGGGUUUACUGGGUCGGAUAGCGGCACUGGUUCUGUGUUUUUGGUAUGUUAAGCUAAAUUAAAUGCAUAUUUCAAAUAAAUGAAUAUUCACGUUGUA